GACUAGAUGACUACACUUGAUGAUAUUGAUCAAGAACCAGAGCAUGGGAAUGAUGAAUUAAUUUCAUCAGAAAAUCAAACAGCUAAGACAAAUGAUGAAACAGAUCAAUCCAUAGGUCAUAUGCGUGAUGAAGCAUUAAGACGUAAAGAACGUUUAAAACAAUUACGUAUGAGAAAUGCAUCACAUAAAAGUAUUAUGCACUUAAACAAUGGUGAUGAUGGUGAAUUACCUAAACCGAUAUUUCGAAAUUACAAACCACAAUCAGAAGAAUUAAAAGAUGGUGAAUUGCCUGCUGGUAAACCGGUAGAUUUAAACAUGCAUAUUAUUGCACAACUUGAAGCUGCAGAUGCACCAGUUAUUGUUGAUGAAGUUAAUUUAACAAGUCUUGCACCUCGUAAACCUGAUUGGGAUUUAAAAAGAGGUGUUGAAAAGAAAUUACGUAAAUUAGAACGUCGAACUCAACGUGCUAUUGCUGAGCUAAUUCGUGAACGUCUUCUUGAAACAAAUGUCAAUUCCACUGGAACAAAAUCAAUUGAAUAAUGAAUAACCUGUUUUUCAUUGUUUUAUUACUACUAUCAUCAUGUCUUGUAUAAAAUAUACUUGUGAAUAAAAUGAUUCAUAAAUAAAA